AUGUGGGAAGAGUGGGACGAUGAGCACUUUGUGAAAAUUUUUUUUGACUGGAACAUAUUUGCCAAAUAUGCAAAUGAUAAUGAAUUUAAGGAGCUAGAAGAAGGGAUAAAGAAAGAAAUUAGUAAUUCGAGGUGCUUGGACAUAAAUGAAGAAGACGUGGAGAAUGAGACAAAUGACAACAUCCUAUUGAUACUACACUCGUUUAUUGUAGAAAAAAAAUACACAGACGUUUCAGAUUACCUCGUUAAUAUAAUUUUAAGGUGGAAUUAUUACACGAGCUUGAGGAGCGAAAAAGAGCUUGAUUCUAAUGGUGUAAAAAAUCGCCUAAAAAUAGAUGUAGAUAUUUACACCCCGCCAGAUGUGUACAAAAAUUUUGAAGAAUAUUUUUAUUCAUAUUUUCCAUUAUUCCUGAUCGAAACACAACAAUUAUUAAACAAUAAAAAGGAAAAUGAAAAUAUAAAAGAGUAUGACGUGACGCUGAUUAACACCCCCAAGGAGAUUUACAAUUUUGAGUUCACCAUCAACCUAGCUUAUGACAGUGUGGUGUAUGCAAACCUCUUCUAUGGUGAUCUUAUUCUGCUUCGGUUUAUUCCAAAAAAAACAGUAAAAAAUGACUCACAUAAUAUUUAUACCCCUAUUUUUUGUUCCGUAAAGAGAAAUGAAGAAGAAGAAGAAUUAAUGUCUAGUGAUUCGGAAAAUGACAAACUGGACGGGGCUUCCUCUGACUCGUACACACAUUCAGAAGGAUCGCUCAAUGGUGAGGAAGUGAAAGGAGAGCAGCUCGCCGAAAACACAAACAAAGUUCAUGUCACCAAAUCGGAUGGGGAGCAAAACGAACUCAACGAGGACUCCAACUCGGCGACAGAAGAAAUGAAAGACCACAUAAAUGACGAAACAAAUGACGACAUUUACAUGAUCAGAAAAUAUUGUGUACGUCAUUUGUUAGGUUACGUGAUUUCGAAAAAUAAGGAACAAAUUAAAGUCAGGUUUAAUUUAAAUUAUAAAAAUUUUGAUGUCAUUGACAGAGUCCGGAAAAAUAUCAUUUACGAAAUUUUUGUGGCUGACAAAUUGGAUCAUUACUUUACUCGCGUGUCCAAGGUGAUCAGUUUAAUUUCGACCCUUCGGUUGUUUAACUGCUUUUUCAAUUUUAGGAACUCUGCCUUGUUGAAUGAAAUUGUCGAAUUUGACCCAAGUGGGGAAGGUCACCCUCAUGCAGACAGCGUCGUCACUUGUAAGGAGGAAGUUGAGCAGGACGAUGGUAUGAGCGAGCAGGGGGAGGGCUUCACCCCUCUUCAGAAGAAGAAGAGGAAAAAAAUGCACAUAGAUAUUGGACACGUUGACGAGGUCAUCUCACACCAAAUACCAAAUGGUGAACAGCAGGAAACACAUUUUGGAGAAGUCACCCCAGAUGAACCAUUGAAUGGGAAUACAAAUGAAGUAGACGAUGUGGAGGAAACCCUUAGGAAAAAAAUUAAGGACUAUUUGAUGAAGUUCAAAUGGUCAGGCGGAAUGGAAGACGUCGCUGUGAAAGGGGAGGAGUCAUCUAAUAAUGAGGAUCAUAAUGAAAAAUCAAGCAGAACAGGUAGGAUGACAAAAAAUAUCGAAGCGAAUGUCAAAGGGGAGAACCCCUCGUUAGACCAACACACGGUUGUAACUAAGAAGGAUAACAAUUCAGGAAGAAGGGAACCAUCCCUCCAUGGGGAUCAGCAGUAUGGAGGCUUCCAUUACAUACCAGAGGCGCUAAAAAAUAAAUUCUUCAACAUAUACAAUAACUACCAAUUAAGGGCCAUUAACAACAGCAUCAUGAAUGACGGCAUUACGCUCAUUCAAGGGCCCCCCGGGACAGGGAAAACUACGACCAUAUUGGGAAUUAUCAGCGCGCUCAUUUUUUUUCAAAAGGGUGAAAUGAAUUCUGUUAGGAAAAGCCCCCUAAGUGAUGAUUUGGUGUCGGCCCAUGUGGAGGGAGAGGCGGGCGACGACAACGACGAAGAGCACGAAGAUGGGGGAAAGAAGAAAAAAAAGAGCCCGUACGUUUGGAUCAAUUACGACAAAAAAAAUGACCACUGCUACUUCAACGACAACUGCUUCGACGCCAUGGAGUACGAAGACUUUUUUGACCAUAUUGAAAAAGACGAAGAAGAAAAAAACCAAAACGUCUUUCACGUCAGUAAAGGGAAUAAGAAUGAAAACAAUUAUGCGUAUGCAAUCCACCUAAGCAUUAUGAAUGCGUCCAGCAGGAUGUUAAAAAGUGAUGAAAACUACGUGGAGGGGAAUAAUUCAGGCGAGGAGGACAUUGUUAAAAAUAAUGAAAAUAGAAUCAAAAAUUUAAUUGCUUUAACAGAGUCGUAUUAUAACUCCUAUGUGAAUAAUGAUCAUCUUGCAAAAAAGUCCGACUCGGUGGAGGAAAGGAAUGCCAAUGAGAAGUUGAACUAUUCAUACUAUGUCAGUGAUUCCAACUCGUACUCCUUUGCUGCCGGCACAUCGGGUCAAGUAUCACCCAAAGGAACGAAAAACGAAUUAAUGAGCAAAAGUUCGAACAUCGUUCCCGUUAGAGAAAAAAGAAAGUGGAAAAGGAAGAACUCUGCAGAAGAGACACAACAAGCCACUUUCAAAAAAGAAAAGAUAAACAAGCUAAACUUAAUUAAGAACAAAAGGAUACUGGUGUGUGCCCCAUCUAACGCAGCCAUUGAUGAAAUUUUGAAAAGGCUAAUAUCGUCAAGUUGUGGAAUUUUAGACGAAAAUGGAAACUUUUUUAAUCCCAUCGUGACCAGAAUAGGGAGAAACGUAAGCACCGACAUAUUAGAAUUUAGCCUCGAAUUUAAAGAACAGUUAUUUUUAUAUCUUAAUAAGAAGGAAGAAAAUAAAAUUAUAAAAAAGAAUUUAUUGAAGACAUCUAGCAUUAUUUGUUCAACCCUUUCUGCCAGUUCAAAUGCAUCCCUAGUUAAUUACAUUGAUUCGUUCGAUGCCAUUAUAAUUGAUGAAGCAUCUCAGUCGGUCGAAUUGGACAUUUUGAUACCUCUUUCCUUUUCUUGCAAGAAAAUUAUUUUGGUAGGAGAUCCAAAACAGCUGUCCGCGACUGUCUUUUCGUUAUUUGCAAAGCGGCGCAAGUAUGCCAGGUCCCUUUUCGAACGACUACAAAAGAAACAUAGGAUGAACAAGUACAAAUAUAAUUUGUUGUCGAUUCAGUAUAGAAUGCACCCAGACAUUUCACACUUCCCAAAUAAGUACUACUACAGAAAUAAAAUUACGGAUGCCCCUUAUUUUCUAUUUACACUUUUUAAAGAAAUGAAAAUGAAUAAGUACAUCACAAAGUUGAUGAGUGAUCCAGGGGAUCCACACACAGGAGCAAUUAUCCAACGGGACCUUUUUUACAAAUUUGAUUUACUUCACUUUAUGCAAAGUAACUUUGGAAAUUUAUUGCCUUCGAAUUUUCGCGACAUAAAUUUAUGUCAGAAAAACCAAGGGGCGAUUGACUGGUUUAUUAUCCCCUUACUUAGACAUAGCGUUUUUUACGACAUAUCAUUUUCGAAGCAAAGGAAAAUAAAAAACUCUUACAUCAACAUUGAAGAAAGCGAAGCGGUCUUGCAAUUUAUUGAGUUCUUGCACUUCAUCUUUACCGCAGAGAAUGUGAAGGAAUGGUACAAACGAAUAGGUAUCAUUACUCCGUACGCCACGGAGAAGUUUUUUUUAAAAAAGGAGCUGAAAAGGUUCUUCACAAAAAAGGGUUACAAAAAUAAUAUUUCUAAUUUUAUUGACAUUGGAACUGUGGAUGGUUUUCAGGGCACGGAAAAGGACAUCAUCAUAUUUGUGUGCGUACGGACCAAGGGUUCGCUCAAAAAGAAGAAGAAGAAAAAAAAAAAAAAAAAGGCCGACGCAGCUGGUAGUGAUGCGAUAGACCAGGAAGACAAUGUGCACAACAUAAGCUCUGCAUCCUCUGCGGAGGAUCAUGUGGAUGACGAUGUGGACGAUUCAAAUAUGUUUUUCUCAAAUUACAAACGACUAAAUGUGGCGCUAACCCGAGCCAAGUACAAUCUAUUCAUUUUCGGAAACUGCAGCUUCUUGAAAAAGUGCGACGCUUGGGGUAAAAUUAUUAAGCACUACAAAAUGGGAAACAAAGUAAUAAAAAUAAAGUACAAAAAAUUUAAAAAGAGGAUGAAAAUUUUGUCUGACAAAGUGACCGAGGAAGACUUGUUCGAUGAGAAGGUUCAGGUGAUUAACAAAAAGAUAGAAAAUUCUUUGUAUAACAAAAAUAUAAUCGAUUACAAUUUCGUGCCAACUAGUGAGCAUGAAAGUUGCCCCUUCGAUUUGAAAAGUUUUCUUUACUCUGUUGGGCUGAGCCAGGCGGAAGAGGACGGAGAUGGAAGCUGUGAAGGGCAAAAUGAAAUUAAUAUUAGUGAGAAUAAAUAUGGACAUGCGGACCCUUCGGCAAAGGCGGAUAAUAACUCUGAGGAGAGGGAAAUCUUGAGCUUCUUCAAGCAGCUGUACAAUGACGAUUUUGGAAUUGCAGACGAGUUUGACCUCGGGCGGGACCAGCUGGGGGGACCGCUAACGGAAACCCUAACCGAACAAACCAAUUGCACAGAUCAGUUGGUGAAGGUCUGCCCGGACGUGGGGAAAGCAACCCAGAUCAGUGACCACACGAGCGCCCUGCCAAAUGGUACAAACAGUGGCGUUAAAAAGGAACCCAUAGAAUUAAUCGAAGUGAUAGAUGUUCAGGAUGAUGCGGGAAGUACGGAACGAAUCAGUAUAAACGGAAAUAAGGAGGAAGGGGAAACAUAUAAUAACAACCAGGAGGAUUUACACCAAAGGGGCAGUUCUUCACUGCCAUCCGCCGCGUCAAGAAAAGAAGCUUCGUAUGUAGAGGUCCGCACGAGUGUGACCAAGAGAAGCGAUGAAACAGCUUCGAACAUGGAUGAAGGGCAUCCUGGCACCACCUCCACGAUGAUGGAAAUAGGUGAAAAUGUGAAGAACAGCAAUUACUUCAUCGAUAUGCUGUAUAACUACUGCAAGGCGAACAAAGAGCUCAUCCUCGUCGUGCAAAGUAUUUUGCCCAAUUUUUCUCAACAAAUUUUGUUUAAGCAGUAG